UCCUCACUCUAUCAAUUCCAAAAAGACCACUCCUCCUCCUCCUCCUCCUCCUCCUCCUCUUCUCCAGAAAAAUCGAACGUUGCAGCGAACAACAACCACCGCCGUCUGACACACACAGAUCAGAAGCGAACGGGCGAAACAACCUCGGACGACCAUGUCUUGUUCGGUGGCAGUCUCCAACUCUCCGGUCUUCUCUCCCUCGAGGGUCAUCGCGUCCUCCCUCUUCUGCAACAAGGCCUCCAUCCGCUCUGCCUCUCCCGAGGCGUCCGUCUCUCUCUCCCUCGCCCACCUCAAGCCCUCCCCUCCCCCUUCCUCCUCCUCGCCUUCCUCCUCCUCGUCGCCGUCCUCCCCCUUCCGGCUCCGGCUCCAGAAGCCGCCGACCGGCCUCUCGAACGCCUCCUCGUCCGCCGCUUCCGGCGCCGUCCAGGCCCAGGUCCAGGGCGCGGGCGCGUCGCCGACGGUCUUGAAGCGGAAGAGGCCCACCAGGCUCGACAUACCCGUGGCGGCGCUGAGUUUUGGGGUGCCGGCGACGCCGUCGGCGGCCGCUAGGGAUGUCGUGGAGGAGGAGAGGGAGGUGUACGGGUACUCUGUUUAUUGCAAGAGAGGGAGGAGGGAAGCCAUGGAGGAUCGGUAUUCUGCUUCGGUCGCUAUCCACGGAGACAGCAAGCAGGCGCUGUUUGGUGUAUUUGAUGGGCAUGGAGGUGCAAUGGCUGCUGAGUUUGCCGCAGAAAACUUAAAUAAGAAUAUCAUAGAUGAAGUGAUGAGAAGAGACGAGAAUGAAACGGAGACGGCUGUGAAGCAUGGUUACCUGAAGACCGAUUCGGAUUUUCUGAAUGAGGAAUCACGAGGCGGCUCAUGCUGCGUGACUGCCUUGAUUAGAAGGGGCAACCUCUUUGUGUCUAAUGCUGGAGAUUGUCGAGCUGUUCUUUGUAAAGCUGGCGCUGCGGAGGCUCUUACAUCUGAUCAUAGGCCUUGUAGGGAAGAUGAAAAGCAACGCAUUGAAGCAGAGGGUGGGUAUGUUGAUAUUAUUCAUGGAGUCUGGAGAAUUCAGGGUUCUCUUGCAGUGUCCAGGGGAAUUGGAGAUCGGCAAUACAAAAAGUGGGUAACACCUGAGCCGGAAACAAACAUUUUGAAAAUUGAAGCUGAACAUGAGUUCCUGAUUCUGGCAUCCGAUGGUUUGUGGGACAAGGUCAGUAACCAGGAAGCUGUAGAUAUUGCUCGGCCUUUAUGUAUGGGUACCGACAGGCCCGAACCAAUGCUCGCCUGUAGGAAGCUUGUGGACCUCUCUGCUUCCCGUGGCUCUUGCGAUGACAUAAGUGUGAUGCUGAUUCAAUUGGGUCGAUACAUGUAAUGGCUUACGUUGUUAUGACUGAGACACUGGACUAGCAUUUGACUUAGCUUUGCCUAACUGUUGCUGGAGCUGAUUAGGCUUCUCGACAAGAUGAUACUCUUCUUCGUGUUGCUCGACUCCGGUAGUGACAUUGUUGAUGACGACGACACUUUGUUCUCUUUAUAGGCUUCUGCUACUCUAAUAUAGCGCCUCCAUUUAACCAUUCUUUUGGGGAUUUUUAGGACCCCUUACAUCAGUGAUAGGAUUUAUUUGACUAGUACGACAUUCUAUUCAUUCUUUACAUGUAAAAAGAUACUACGUUGCAGAUUUAUAUGAAAUUGAGUUCUUUUACCUUA